AGGUUGGUUUGCCAGCUCCUAAAAUGUUGGUCUCACCUGAUCAUGGCGCGCUUCAAUCCUGGUGCUCUCCGUGAUAUCCGGCCACUUAUGCCGAUGAAUUGACAACAUUUGACUGAGUCGCUUCUCAUCCGCUUUUCACAUGGCUGAUCCGGGGAGUGAUCGCUCGGAAGGCGAAAAGGAAAAUGCAGAGUCAUCAAGUGGUGCAAGCAGGGCCGAAUCCGCCGCGAAUGUCGCCAAUGCAACGGAAUCAUCGAGUCAAGGGUCAACAGACGUGACUAUGGCGGGGGAAGGAGCGCGGACCGAGGCGACAGAUUCAAGUGAUGCUAUCGAAGGCGACGCAACAGCAGUAGGAUGGGAGGGUCUACCUCAGGAAGGCCCAUCUGCGGGUUCAGCAGCAGCGGCGGAGGGGAAGCAGCGAGCUACAGGCACGGUUCCUACAGCUCUCUCCAACCAGCCCCUCCCCCCUCGCUUCCCGCCCCAGACGCCGUCCGUUAUGGAAGAGGUCAUUCGCGCAUGGGGCGCCGUGAGAACCGCCGCAGCAGGUGCCGCAGCUGCCGCUACAAGCGCAGUCAUCCGAGCUCCCGCUGCUGCUGCCGCUGCUGCGGCUCCGAGAAACCCGCCUUCUGCGGCGCCCUCUCUCUCCGCCAUGGCGCCCGCUGACGUGCCUCCCGCGCUGAUUGCGGUGAUUGAACAGGCUCUGCAGGAGGUGGCGAGGGGUGCGAAGGGAGGCGAGGGGAGGGACGGAGGGAUGGGGGGGCAGAGGGGGGGGAAAGCCCUGGUGCAGCUGCAGCGACUGGUGGCUGGGAUGAGCCGGGUGGAAGGGAUGGGCGGGGUGGGAGGAGAGCAAGAAGAGCCGGACGAGCAGGGUGCAGCGGGGACGGAAGGGACGGAGGCGAUUGGUGGUGGGGGGGUGGGGACGGGAGCGGGUGGAGGGAGUGACGCAGGUCCAGUCGGGGCGGAGGAACGGGAGGCAGCAGCCGCGCUGGUGGUAGAGACCAUUCUGGCGAUCAUGGGGUGCAGCCACGAGGGGGAGGAGCUGCAAGACGCGCUCGAGGAGCGCAGCAGCAGCAAUGGCAGCAGUAGGGGCAGUGAGGUGGCAGCAACGAGGGGCAAGGAGGCGAAGAGGAGGGGCAAGGUCCCCGGGCCGGUGAUCAUGAUGUCUGCUGAGGCUGCGGUGCUGGGAGCAGCGCUGCUGCCGUGGCUGCCAUGCAGCGACGGCCACCCGCAUGACGGCACUAAAGGGGCAGUGGAUGUAGAAGUGGCGAGUGACGCAGCAGAGAGGAGUGGAGAUAGCAAGGAGACGGCCGGCAUAGAAGCAGGUGCACCAACUGACGCAGCAGCAGCGGCAGCUACUGACACGCCAGCAGGGACAGCUGAGUCCGGGACUUCUGCAGCGGGGUCAUUGCCCAAGGCAGGGGUGUCGAGAUUGAGGUCUCCUCGCACACGCCUGGCACGAGUGCUGGCCACGGCUCUCUCGUCCUGCACGCGCAACCGUGCCAUGUGUGCCAAUGCUGGCCUCACCUCCUCCCUCCUCUCCUCCCUCCGCAUCAUCCUCCUGGGGGGCGUGCGGGCCAGUGGCUCACGGCCACGUGGCGCUGCCCUGCUGGAUGAAGCAAUGCCGCUGGCUGAGCCGACUGCAAGCACGCAGAAGGGCGGGAUGGCUGCAGGGAAGGAGGGCGAGGAGAGGCAGCAGGCGGCGAAGGAAGGUGUGGAUGAGGCUGCUGCCAGGUGUGGUGAUGAUAGUGAAGGUGCCUCUGAUGCUGCUCUCUACGGUGCUGCUGAGUCCGCCUGGGACGUGCGCCCCAUACUGGCAGCGCUGCAGUCGCUGGCGUCCCACUCCGUGUCUGUGGGCGAGCUGAGGGAGUGGAUGGCCACUGUGGUCGCCCUCACCACCUCUGUCGACGCUGCUAGCAGCACCACCUCUACCGUGAGAGCACCAGCAGGUGUAACUGGAACAGCAGGGCCGGCAGGGGAAGAAACCGCAGAAGGAGGAGGGGGUGGGGCAGCCGCGGGUUGGGUGAGCCAAGGGAGGGCGGCGGCGCUGCUGGAUGCGCUGGAAGGGGCCAUGGAGGGCGAGGAGGUGCGGGCGCCGGCGUACACGUUUGAGCUGGACGGCGAGAGCUCAGGGCUGCUGGGACCGGGCGACAGCAAGUGGCCGUUCGCCAGCGGGUACGCCUUCGCCACGUGGAUCUACGUGGAGUCGUUCUACGACACCGAGAGCUCUGCUGUGGGCGCCGCUGCCAUGGCUGCAGCCAUUGCCGCUGCCGCCACUGCUAAGGUCGGCAGAACCUCGGCUGUCUCUGCUGCUGCUGCUGCGAGCGCCCUGGCGGGGGAGGGGCUGAUGCACAUGCCGCGGCUGUACAGCUUCCUGACGGCGGAGAGCCAGGGCGUGGAGGCGUAUUUCCACCGCGAGUACCUCAUAGUGGAGUCGUCCACGCACCGCGGGUCCAAGAGCACGUUCCACUUCUCGCACGCGUUUGAGCCCCAGCGCUGGUACUUCAUUGGGCUCGAGCACGUGUUCAAGCCAUCGUUGCUGGGCAAGGCGGAGUGCGAGAUCCGCCUGUUCGUGGACGGCCGCCUCAUCGAGUCCCUGCCUCUGGACCUGCCGCGCAUCUCGCGCCCGCUGGGCUUUCUCUGCAUCGGCACCAACCCGCCGGCCGCCAUGGCGGGGCUGCAGCGCCGCCGCAAGCAGUGCCCGUUGUUCGCUGAGCUGGGCCCGGUGUACAUCUUCAAGGAGCCCAUCGGAGCUGAGAGGAUGAUGCGCCUGGCAGCAAGGGGAGGGGACCACCUGCCGUGCUUUGGAGCGGGGGCGGGUGUGCCUGCGCUGCUGAGCAGCGACCAGCUCAUGCUGGCAGCAGACGACGCCUAUAGCCUUGACUCUGACCUCGCCCCUCGCCUGCACCUCCUGUACCACCCGCGCCUUCUGCUGGGGCGCUUCUGCCCAGAUGCGUCUCCUGCCAGCGCUGCAGGCGUGCACAGGCGGCCCGCUGAAGUGCUGGGCCACGUGCAUGUGGCGGCGCGGCAUCGAGUGCCCGAGGUGAUCUGGCAGGCGGGGCAGGGGGGCCCGUUGGCGCUCCUCACCCUCUGCAUCAACGCCAUUCAGCCGGAUUCGUUUCUCCCACAGUCUCUUGCCCUGUCAGCGGAUCCCCUGGCUGCUGUGGCUGCGGCCCGGCUGCUGCCACGGGUGCUGGGGCUGGUGGGACGGGCGAUGCGGCAUGGGAUGAACCGUGAGGAGAUGAAGGGAGGCGCACCCGCCAUGCUGGCUCACAUGGUGGCGUAUGGCCUCAGUACGUGUGCACAGGGGGCAACGGGCGCAGGGAAGGGGGAUGGAGCGAAGGUGGGGUGCAGGGAUGGGGUUGGCUCACAUGGCGAUGGUACUGCCACCGACAAGGAGCAGAGGGAGCAGAGGGAGCAGCAGGUUGUGACAGCGCAUCCCAGGGGGGAGCCAUACGACAAGCAGCUAGUGACGGCAGCUGCAGCGCUGGCCAUGGCACCGCGGUUCGGCGACCCCUUAAAGCCGCACCUCUUCCUGCACCUGCUGCUGCACCUGCCGCUGUGGGCCUCGUGCCCCCUGCCCGUGCAGCAGCAGGUGCUGUCGUCCCUGGCCGCCGUGGCAGUGCGCGAGCAGCACACGCUGAGGGCAGCGGGCGCGCUGCCAGUGCUGCUGGACGGGUGCCGCCGCUGCUACUGGGUGCAGCACGAGGCCAUCUCCCUGCCCCUAGGCCCCGCCUCCUCGCGCUCUGUGACCGCUGCUGCUGCUGGGAGCCAUGGUGCAGCAGAGGGCAGUGGGCAGAGGAGUGGGGAAGCCAAGGGAGAUGAGCAGCAGCAGCAGGAGGAAGGGGAGGUGGUGGGUGCGCAGCAUGCGCGGAUGGGCGAGGUGAACGCGCUGGUGGAUGCGGUGGUGGGCGUGCUGGAGCUGCUGCUCGCCAGCAGCUCGAGUGCUGCCAUGGGCGCUGACAUGCGCACGCUGGUGGCCUUCCUGCUCGACUGCCCCCACCCCAACCAGGUGGUGCGAGUGCUGCUGCUAGUGUACCGCCUCAUGGCUCACCCCAACGCCGCGCGAGCAGCAGCCUUCUCCGUUCAGUUCCUUGCAGCAGGCGGCGCCCAAAUGCUGCUCGCGCUGCUGCUGAGGGAGAGCCAGUGGGGCGAGUCCUCCCCCCUGCUCUUCCCUCCCGUGCCCCGCAAGGCUCAGCCAGGCAGUGUGAGGGAGGUGAUGGCGGAGAGGAGUGGUGGGGCGAAGGAUAGUGCAUUGCAGGGAGGCGUUGAGGGGAGUGCAGGGCCUGUGGUGGAAGCGGGGGAAGGAGCCAGCAUGGGGGAGGGUAGCGUGGAAGCUGUUGCAACUGGUGGGGGUGGUGCUGUGGUGGGUGGAGCGAGUGUGGCACCAGAUGGCGCACCGUCGGCCCCAGAAGCAGCAGGCACAGCAACAGCCGCAACAGCUGAAGCAGAAGCAGCGGCCACAGGUGGAUCAGGGGGAUCGGGGCCCACCCCAGAGCUGAAGGUGGACGUGCCAGGCAGCACCACCACCUCCCGGGCACUCUCCCCCAAGGCACCCACCCCCAAGCCGUCCACUCCCGCUGCCUCCACCCCGUCCUGGCAAGCCUUUUUUGACCCCUUCGGGCUCCGCGGUGAGGCUCCAGAGGCAGAAGCACAGGCAGUAGACGGGCAGAGGGGAGCAGCUGGCAGCGGCAGGCAGGAGGGAGGGAAGGAGACAGCAGCAGGGGGGAAGAAUGGGGAGAUGUUAAAGGCUGCAGAAGCGGGGGAGGCGGUGGAGGCGAAGGAGGAGCCGGUUCUUGAGCCGCGAACAGGGCUUGACGUGGCAGCAGAGAUAAUCAAGAAGCUCCAGGAGAGAGGCCUGUUCCAGGCGUCUGAUAUGUGCGCUCUCGCUCCGGGCCCCACCGGAAACACCGUCUCAGUGGCUCGCUCUGUCUCCAUCCGCCAGCCCUUGGCCAGCAGCAGGGCGGCCGGAGCCAAGGGCUCCCACGGCCUGUCAACGGACGUCAUCACGGCAGCAGCAGCGCUCUCCCUCUCUGGCAGCGGCAGACGCAGCGGCCGCCGCCUUACCUCCUCCCCCUUUGGCGAUCAGACGUUGCUCGCUCCCAAGUCGCACGAUUUCCCCCUCACGGACGGCCCAGAUGGGAUCUUCCUCGCGGUGGUUGCCAUCCUAGGGCUGCUAGCGGAGGGAGGGUACAUCCGGCUGAGCAGCCCUGCAGUGCUGGGGCUGGUGCCUGGGGGUCCGGGGGCAGGGCUGGGAUCGGUGGUGGCGGACAGAGGGGCGGGGGACCGCAACAACGUGGGGGCGUGGGCGGUGUAUGGCGUUCAGAGGGCGCUGCAGCUGGCGCCUAGCAGGCUGCUCACGCCUGCUGUGUACCAUGCGCUCAUGACUGCUGUGCUCAGAUCAGAGUCAGCCACAUCAGUGCAGGGAGCCGGUGAUAGUGGUAUCACUUACAGGGGCGGCAGCAGCAGCACCAGUGCGGGUCCUGCAGCCACUCGGGCAGAAGCAGCAGCAGCAGAAGCAGCAGCAGCAGUGGCAGCACGAGCAGCAGCAGAAGGAGCAUCAGUACUGCCUGCGGACACGGCGUUUGCUGCGUCUCAGCUGCAGCUGCUGCUGGCGCUGCUCAGAGCGCUGCCUGCUGCUCCUCCCCGCACCCAGCUCGCCAUUCUGCAGGACGUGCUGCUGCUGGUGUCUGUGAGCGGCAGCAACCGCCGGCAGCUCUCCUGCAUCCCCGAGUGGCCCGAGUGGCUGCUGGAAACCCUCCUGGACAACCUCGAGCGACUGCCUGCUGGAGCGUGCUCCAUCAGCAGCACCCAAGGGGGCGUGCAGGGGCAGCAACGGGUGGGGGGAGAAGAGGGGCAGCAGGAGAAGGGUGAAGGCACGCACACAGCUGCGGGUGCUGGUAGCGCAGAGGGGGUGGGGGCAGAGGUGGUGGAUGCGGAGGGGGAGGGCCACGAGGAGGUUGAUAGUGGGGAUGGGGAUGGGGAUGGCAGCGGUGGGGAGGUGACGGGUGAGCAGGGGGAGCGGGUGGCUGUGAACGAGAUGAUCUUCACGUUCCUGGGGACCGUGCUGGAGCACUGCAUGACGUUCAAGGACGGCUGGAAGGAGCUGGAGGCCACCUUCCACUGCCUCGAGUGGAUGGCUCUCAUUGGUGGAUCCAGCAUCGGCCCAGAGCGAGUCAAGCGUGAGGCGGGCAUGGCGACGGUGAAGCGGCGGCUGCUGCAUGGCGUCAUGGACUUCACUGCCGCGCAGCUCACAGUGCAGGCCCAAGUGGAGGCCGCAGCAGCGGCGGCAGCAGCAGCGGCAGCGGAGGCAGCAGCCCUGUCGUCCCCGCUGCCCGUGGACAUCCCCAUCUCCCCCACGCCCUCCUCCCCCCACCCUCGCUCCCCCGACCCCCUACUCGUGUCCGCCACCUCCGCCUGCCUGCUGGAGAACGCAGUGGCGCUGCUCAUGCUGCUCGAAGACUUCCUCCGCAUCCACGCCGCAGCGCGCUCGCCCCUGCCCCUCGCCACGCUCGCCUUCGAUGCCGAUGACACCCUCCCCGGCUCCCGCCCCGCUGCCUGGCAGGAGGCACCUGCUGGCUCCCCCACGCCUGCCUCGGCUGCUGCAGCGCUGCCCGGCACCACGGCAACAGCGGCGGCAGCAGCGGCGGCGGGGUUAAAACCUCUGGCUGCACAGCUGUCCAACCCGCUGCUCUCCUCCGGCUCCUCCUCCCGCAGGCGCAGCCCUACGGACCUGAUCACCCUCGAGAUGCUCGGCCUCAUGGCGGAUGACACGGGGCAGCUCACCCCCGCCAUGCUCGAUAGGAUCACCGCUUCCACUAGUGCUGAGCCCUUUGAGGGCGUACGCUGCGCACUGCCCACCUACGGGUCCAUUUCCCAGGAGUUACCCCUCAGCUGGGGGCACAGGAGCAAGCUGUGGUAUGGGGUGGCGCUGCCGCCAGAAGGGAAGGGUGGCCCAGGGUGGGGUGGGGGCCGGGCGGCGUGGGCGGCAGCAGUGGAGAUGGACCCUGUGACGGGGCGGUGGCAGGAUCUGCCUCUUGUGGUGAAGGCGGUUGGGAUCCUGCGAUCGAUGCUGCUGGAGGAAGGGGAGGUGGCGCAGGGGGGCGAGGGAGGGGGAGGAGGAGGAGAGAGUGGAGCGGGAGAGGGAGGGAAGACGCAGGGGGGGAAGGCAGGGGGAGGGGCGGCAGAGGGGGUGUUGGCGGUGGUGGGGGGGAUAGCGAACAUGCUGGGAGGGGGCAGCCCAGGGGGCGUGCUGAACAGGGCGAGCCAGCGGCUGCUGGAGGACGACCAGACGCUGCUCACUGUGCUCAGGCUCGCUGCUGUGGCUGCUAGGGAGCUCAGUGAUGUGGUGGACGAGGGAGGAGAGGGGGGAGAAGGUGGGCGAGAAGAUUCGGGUGUGGGGGAGAGGGCGGCAGGGGCAGGAGGGGUUGCAGGGGGAGGGUUGGUGAAGAGAGGCGAAGGGGGAGCAGUGGCCCUGGAACGAGCUGAGCUGGAGGGGAUCUCUCCUGGCGUUCUCAGCUCCCUGCUCUGGCGGGUCGUGCUGCCGCUGCUCACCACAGCGUCGCUUGAUGCGCGCAAGCAGUGUGCGCUGGCCACAUCUGCUGUCCUGCACACAGAGGCCAUCCACGCCAUUGCCCCAUCGCGCACCAUCCUGCGUCCGUCCCUCAUUGCGGUGUUGCUGCCCCCCUUGGCCGCCCUCCUGCGCAAGUGGCGCCCCGCCUUUGCCUUCAUCGCUGAGCUCACCGACUUUGAGGGCCACAACCCCUUCUUGAGGGACCACGACCGCGCUCUGGCCACCGACGCUGCUGCUGAAGAGGCGUCGCUGGCUCUGCUGCAAGUCAUCUGGGUGGCAGCCUUCGCCUCCCCCCCCGCCUCCACCGCCCUUGCAGCCAUGGCUGCUGCUGCUGGCCCCGGCUCCACUGCUCUCCCCACCCCCCUCACCUCCUCCUCCUCCUCCUCCUCCCUCACCAACCUCUCCUCAGCUCCUGUCUCCCGCACCUCCACUCACCCUAGUGCCACCACACCCACUGGUAGCACCGCCCUUGCUGCCACAGCUAGCAGCUUCUCUGGUACCAGCAGCGGCACGGUUGGUACCGUCCACCGCACUAGCAGCCAUCACGUGCCGCCCAGCCAGCACAGCUCCAGCUCAGCAGUCAACAGGCGCCCUUCCGCACGGCGCAGCGGUGUGACUAAGGGGGGGGGAGGGAGGCAAGAGGGGGAGCGGGAGGGGGCGACAUCGUCUCAGCGGCGCAUGAAUGGGGACAAGGACAGGGCGCAGCGGUGGAGCCUGGGGGAGGCCAUGGAGAAGGCGUGGGACUGCAGCCAUGGGAUCCCCGUCUCCCCUGCCACUCGCAGCAGCGCUGCUGCUGCUGGUGGGGGUGGGGGAGGAGGGGAAGGGAGGGAGGGAGGAGUGGGGGCGUCAGGGUCGGAUGACACGCUGAACGCCAUGGCGCUGGGGCCGACUCUGGGAGGGCUGCAGCAGCACCUGGACGGCAUGCGCGGCCUCAUUCGGGCUCAGAGGCUGCGGCGGGUGAAGAUAGAAACGCAGAUGGCACGCGCGCACACAGCUGGCAUGCGCAUGUGGCGCUCCCUCGUUCGCCAGCUGCUCGAGUCAGGGCUCCUGGUGGGCCUUCCGGGAAGCUACCAGGAGCUGAAGCAGCGCAAGGUGUUUUGGAAGGUGGACCGCGUGGAGAGCGGCUCGCGCAUGCGGCGACGCAUGGUGCGCAACUAUGGCGGCUCCGACUGCCACGGGCUGGCUGCUGACUUCCGCGACGAGCACGAGAUGGACGCCAUCCGCCGCGCCCGGGGGGACGAGGGGGCAGGGGAUGCGGCAGAAGCCAAGGGCGAGGAGGGGCAGCGGGCGCAGGAGGGAGGUGGGGGAGAGACGAGGGUGGAGGUGGGGGGAGAGCCGGCUUCUGUGGGUGCUGUGGGAGAGAAAGUGGAGGGGGGUGGGGAGGGGGUAGAGGCGGCAGAGGGAGAGGGUGCUGGGGCUGUGAGUGCGGAUGGAGAGGGGGGCGGGAAGGAGGAUGGGCAGGAGGGAGCUGUAGAGAAGAGUAGUGCUGGUGAGGGCGAUGGCAGCGCAGGGGAUGGCGCUGGGAGGGGAGGUGUGGACGAGGCCGGAGGGGCCAUAGUGGAAGACGCGUCAGGGCUGCUGGGGGGCUGCCUGCCCGCUCCUGUGAAAGACUUUGAUGCUCCGGCGGAGGUGAGGGAGGAUGAAGAGGAGCAGGAAGGGGAAGAGGAGAGGGAGGGAGGUGCGGGAGUGGAAGGGGCAGGGGAGGACAGAGGGAAAGGGGGAGAUGGCAACACGACACAGGAAGUUGAAGUUGCAGCAGAGGGGGAUGCUGAAGGCGUGAAGGCAGCAGGUGAGGUUAAGGGCGGGGGCAUGGCUGCAGAGCAUGAGGCGUUGAAGGGUGGUGCACACCUCACAGCCAGUGAACCAGGCGCAGAUGGCCCCGGCAGGCCCGAUACUUUGGAGGCGAAGGGUGCUGAGUCAGAAGAGAGGGAUGGCGGGGAAGUGAAGCAGGCAGAUGGAGGAGGAGUGAGGCAGGCUGCCGAGCCGACAGGCCAGGCAGCAUCAGCCUCUGCUGCACCCUCUGAGCCUCUCUCCACCACCACCCCCAGUGCCACCAGUGCCAUUGCCAGUCUCGCUGCUGCUGCUCCUGCUGCUCCUGCCGCCCCCACCACUUCUGCCCCGACUGCAGCUGCAGCUCCCCCUGCAGCACUUGCCGUAUCCGCAGUAGCAGCGGUGGCAGCAGCUGCAGGCGAGCAGCCCGGACUAUCCGCCGUGGUGGGCGGCAGCGAGGUGGCGGCAGAAGUGGCGGUGGGGGAGAGGGAGCGCGUGAUGGUGGAGGUGCCAGCCAUGAUGGUGCUGCCCCUGCAGGUCGUCACAGGCCGCCUGCUCGUCACCGCCUCGCGCCUGCUGUUCCUCGUGGACCCCUCCGUGACCUUCAGGGAGAGCGGGGCGGACGAACAAAGGAAGGGGGGGAGCGAGCGGAGGGAAGGGGGAGGGGAAGAGGAGGAGGAGGGUGUGGGGGGGAAGAAGGCGCGGGAUAGAGUGUGGCGGCUGACGUCAGUGAGAGAGGUGCUCAGCAGACGGUAUCUGCUGCGGCGCUCUGCCCUGGAGAUAUUCAUGAUCGACCGCUCCAACUUCUUCUUCAACUUCGAGGGCCCAGAGGAGCGGCUACGGGUGCACCGAGCCAUAGAGCACGCCAACCCGCCGCACCUGCAGCACCACUUCUUGCCCACACAGCGCCCGGAGAAGAUGCUUGAGCGGCUGCAGCUCACAGAGAGAUGGCUCAGGCGAGAGAUCACCAACUUCGACUAUCUCAUGCAGCUCAACACGCUAGCCGGCCGCACAUUCAAUGACGUCACGCAGUACCCCGUAUUCCCCUGGGUGAUUCAGGACUAUACCUCCAAGGAGCUCGAUCUCACCAACCCAGCCACAUUCAGAGAUCUCUCCAAGCCGGUGGGCGCCCUGGACGCGGCGCGGCUGGAGAAGUUCAUCGAGCGCUACCACAGCUUCGCGGACCCCAUCAUCCCCAAGUUCCACUACGGCUCGCACUACUCCAGCGCCGGCAUCGUGGCGCACUACCUGCUGCGAGUGGAGCCAUACACGUCGCUGGCGCUGGCCCUGCAGGGUGGGCAGUUCGACCACCCCGACCGCCUCUUCCUCGACGUGGCCGCCACGUGGCGGGGGGUCACCAGCGACAUGAGCGAUGUCAAGGAGCUGAUCCCCGAGUGGUUCUGUCUGCCUGAGAUGUUCUGCAACGUCAACGGGCUGCACCUCGGCUCCACACAGAAGGGAGAGGUCAUCGGCGAUGUGAAGCUGCCCCCUUGGGCUGCCAGUGCAGCGGACUUUGUGCGCAAGCAGCGGGCGGCACUGGAGAGCGAAUACGUGAGCAGCAACCUGCACCACUGGAUCGACCUCAUCUUCGGCUACAAGCAGAAGGGCAAGGAGGCCCUCAACGCACACAACGUGUUCUUCUAUGUCACGUACGAGGGGGCAGUGGACAUCGACUCCAUCACCAACCCCAUUGUGCGGCGCGGCAUGCAGGAUCAGAUCUCGUACUUCGGCCAGACGCCCUCGCAGCUGCUCACCACGCCGCACCCCCAGCGCAUCCCCCUGGACUUCGCCCUGCACCUGCACACUGUCUUCCGCAAGCCCGAUGAGAUCCUGCCCUACGUGCUGCCCAAUCCGGAUACGCUCAACGUGCCCGCGAGUCGAAUUGUCGCCACGUCAGAUUCCAUCGUGACCGUCGAUCUGAAUGCCCCAGCGUGCCAUGUGGCGGUGCAUCAAUGGCAGCCCAACACCCCGGAUGGCCACGGGUGGCCGUUUUUGUUUCAGCCUGGGCGGUCUUCGUUGACUGGUAGUGCCAUCCUGCGCAUGCUGACAGGUGCAGCGCUGGGCAGCAAGGGCAGCAACAGCGAGACCUCCCUCUACCCUCGCCUCGUGGCCCUCCCUGCUCCGGGGGUCAAGCACACCUCGUCAGCAGCAGGCACAGUGGGAAUGGGAGGGGAAGGAGGAGGCGGCGGGGGGAAGGAGAUAAUUGCAAUUUCCCCGGACGGCAAGUUCCUGUUCACGGGGGGACACGCGGAUUUCUCUGUGAAGCUGGUGUCGGUUGACUCGACCCGCGUGCUGGAGACAGCCGCGGUGCACGCGGGCCCGGUAACCUGCCUCGCGCUCUCCCCUGAUGGUGCAACCCUGGCCACGGGCGCCACAGACGGGGUGGUGCUGCUGUGGCGGGUCAACCAGGCCAGUGCGCCCUUCACCGCCUCCCCUGCCGCGGGGGUCACUGCUGGCCUCGUGGCCGCAGGGGGGGGGGGAGGGGGGCGCCUGGCGAGGAGAAGCACGGCAGCUCCCACAGGCCCGCAUGACCCGGCUCUGGCAGCGGCUGCAGCCGCAGUGUCGGCAAGUGAGGAGCGCGCCGGGAGUGUGGCGGUGGGCGGGGCGGACUACCAGGACAGAGGUGCAGGCGGGGGGAUGUCGGAAGCGGCUCUCCUGCUGAGUGCGGCGGGGGGCAUGGGCAUGGGGGGGGGGCUAGAGGCGCCGCGCAAGUGGCGGCGCAUGGAGGGGCCGGUGCAGGUGCUGCGGGGCCACCUGGACGACCUCCUGUGCUGCGCCGUGUCGUCCGACCUCGACCUCGUUGCGUCCUCCUCGCGCUCGCGCGGCGUCAUCCUGCACUCCCUCAUGAAGGGCCGCUUCUUGCGCCAGCUGCCGGGCGUGGGGCCCGCGGAUGUGCUCGCCAUCUCCCCCGAGGGGGUGGUGGUGGUGUGGGAGCGGCAGCCGAGGACCCUGCGGGCAUUCACCAUCAACGGCGGGGCGGUGGCGGGGGUGAGCAUCUCGGAGGAAGAUGGCGAUGUGAGCGGGCUGCAGGUGUCAAGCAACGGUCUGUUCCUGGCAGUGGGCACUGACUGCAGCCGGUGGCGGCACGUGAGGGAGAAGGAGAGGCAGCAGGAACUGGAGCGGGCUGCUGUGAAGGCAGGGGAGAAGGUGGGACUGGGAAAGGCUGGGGGAGAGAGGCAGGAGAGGGGUGGGGAUUUGGAUGGGGAGAAAGAGGAGACGGCCCGUGGCCAGGGGGGAGAGGGAGGGGAGGCAGGAGAGGCCGAUAGAGGCAGUGAGAGGCAGGAGGGCGGAGGGGGGAAUGGAGAGGGUGGAAAGAUGGUUGCAGGGGCGGGUGACGCACUGGCGGACUGGAGGGAUACGGAUGAGGGCGGGUCGCGGAAGGAGCGCGGAUCAGCAGUCUCGCUGCUGGACCUCUUCUCCCUCAAGGCGCUGUGUCGCUUCAAGCUGCCCGAGGGCACGGACGUGACGGCGCUGGCGCUGUCAGCCGACAACACCAACCUGCUGUGCUCCACGUCUGCUGACCUUGCACCGGGCCAACUCAUCCUCUACAGCAACCCUCUUCUGAGUGUGAAGAUGGUGGAUCAAAUGCUGCGCCUGGGAUGGGAGGGCAGCGAGUUUGCGAGCAUAUUCUGAGACUUGCGGUAAACGUGGGAGAGCCGAAGUUGGAGAGGAGAACCUUGUGGCACGAUGCAAGAGAAACAAUCAACUGUGGAAGCCUGGACUAGUAGCAGCUUGCACUAAAUAUACGUACUGAGUGUUAGCAAGCCACAUGCUGUCCUGUGGCUACCCAUUCAUGUAUAACUUUUGUUAUUUUUGUAGCAUGCUUUGAAGGUAGCUUUGAGCGAUUAAGGGCGCAUUCCUAGAACCUGAACCCAAGAACAGACGUGCGAUAAACCCAGUUGCACCAUACUCAAAACGCGUUUUUACCCGUUGCACCACGCGACUCAUUGGUGAUGCUGUGC